GAAAUGAUAUUUUUAGAGAUUUAUAUAUAAACACGAAAAAACAAGCUUCAUCUCCUUUUCCCAAAUUCUAGAGAGAGAAAAUCCAAGGCUAUGCGUUAAUUUCAAUCAAAAUUCUCGAAAUCUCCUUCACAAAAUCACGAAUUUCCAGAUCUGAAACUUUGUUAUAUCUCCGAUCUAUCAACAUUCGAUCGGAAACACAACAGGUGAAAAUGCCGUCACACGCGGAUAUAGAUCGGCAAAUAGAGCAAUUGAUGGAUUGCAAACCGUUAACGGAAUCGGAGGUGAAGACGCUAUGCGAUCAAGCUAGGGCUAUACUUGUCGAGGAAUGGAAUGUGCAGCCAGUCAAGUGUCCGGUCACCGUUUGCGGUGAUAUCCACGGCCAGUUUUAUGAUCUGGUUGAGCUCUUUCGGAUUGGUGGAAAUCCUCCGGAUACCAAUUAUCUAUUCAUGGGUGAUUAUGUUGAUCGUGGGUAUUAUUCGGUGGAGACUGUCACACUCUUAGUGGCUCUGAAAGUUCGUUAUAGAGAUAGAAUUACUAUUCUUAGAGGAAAUCAUGAGAGUCGCCAGAUCACUCAAGUAUACGGCUUUUAUGACGAAUGUUUGAGAAAGUAUGGAAAUGCUAACGUUUGGAAGCAUUUUACCGACCUCUUUGAUUACCUACCUCUUACAGCACUUAUUGAGAGCCAGAUUUUUUGCUUGCAUGGAGGACUUUCACCGUCAUUGGAUACCCUAGACAAUAUCCGAGCAUUGGACCGCAUUCAAGAGGUCCCACAUGAAGGACCAAUGUGUGAUCUGUUAUGGUCCGAUCCAGAUGACAGAUGCGGGUGGGGAAUAUCUCCACGUGGGGCCGGCUACACAUUUGGACAAGAUAUAGCCUCUCAGUUUAACCAUACAAACGGACUCACUCUCAUCUCAAGGGCUCAUCAGCUUGUCAUGGAGGGUUUUAACUGGUGCCAGGAAAAGAACGUGGUGACGGUAUUUAGCGCGCCAAAUUAUUGUUAUCGGUGUGGAAACAUGGCUGCGAUUCUUGAAAUAGGGGAAAACAUGGAGCAAAGUUUUCUUCAAUUUGAUCCAGCACCAAGGCAGAUUGAACCGGAUACUACCCGCAAAACACCGGAUUAUUUUUUGUAAUCCAGAUGGGGAUUGUUUGUUUGUAAUCCUUGUAGAUUUUGUUAACACCAUUUUUUUUGUUUGGAUGGGAUUGCUGCUGUUGGUGUUGACAAAAUGAAAUGUACCAAUCAGUGAUUAUAGGCAGCAACAAUUGGCUUGGUGUAUUUUAUUAUAUUCUUGUAGAUUUGUGGUGCAUUUAACAUAUUUGAGCAAUCAAAAUAAACUUCUAGUUUCUCUAGUAA